AGCAGUAGCAGUUCAUUCUCUCACACUGAGAGUGUGUGUGUCGCUCUUUCCCUUCUCAUCACCGACCUCAGCCAUAUUGUUGUUGAUCACACUGGACUGUAGCCGCGCUGAUAGCGGCAGAGAAGUUGAGAAGGGAUCAAACUUUACGGAUUACCUACGAGUGCAAGUUGGAUUUUAUUUACUCAACUCUCUUUUUUUUUUUUUUUAACCGAUUAAACGUUUAAGAGGAACCGGUGCCUGCGCGGCUGCUCCCCGGCUUAAACACUGCGGUUACUCCGCUGGGUUACUGAAAGAUGGUGGAUCGCUUGGCAAAUAGCGAAGCUAACUCCAAGCGCAUUGCGGUCGUGGAGGGCUGCUUCGGCACAGCUGGACAACCGCUGGCCAUCCCGGGCAGAGUGCUUAUUGGGGAGGGCGUGCUCACCAAGCUGUGCCGCAAAAAGCCCAAGGCUCGCCAAUUUUUCCUUUUCAAUGACAUUUUGGUGUACGGCAACAUCGUCAUCCAGAAGAAGAAGUACAACAAGCAGCACAUCAUCCCACUGGAGAGCGUUACUAUCGACACUGUGGCUGAUGAGGGCGAGCUUCGUAAUGGUUGGCUCAUCAAAACACCAACCAAGUCGUUUGCGGUGUACGCCGCGACAGCCACAGAGAAGUCCGAGUGGAUGAACCACAUCAACAAGUGUGUGUCGGACCUGCUGGAGAAGAGCGGCAAGUCGCCCACGGGCGAGCACGCAGCCGUAUGGGUGCCCGACUCAGAGGCGUCAGUGUGCAUGCGAUGCCAAAAGGUGAAGUUCACACCGGUCAGCAGACGCCACCACUGCAGGAAGUGCGGCUUCGUCGUGUGUGGCCCUUGCUCCGAGAAGAAGUUCCUGUUGCCCAGCCAGUCAUCUAAGCCUGUGCGUGUAUGUGAGUUCUGCUACGAGCAGCUCUCCACAGGGGCUACGCUGCCACCUCGCUCGAACUCGUACAGCCGCACCAACAACAUCUCUGAGGAUGAGGAUGAAGACGAUAGCAGUGACUGAAAACCUUCACUUUUGCUAUUUUAGGAACAUUAUCUUCAGUUCAGGUUCCAGUGCUUUAGUGUCUUGUUUUUCCUUAAAGGCUUUGAAAUUAACAAAGAUUCCAUGAAGGUUUAUGGUGAUUUUAUUUUUAGUACAACAUUAAUGAAAUGGCAUAAUAAAUUUACCCUGAAAAUGUAGACACCAUAGGCAUAUAGGCGAACUGCAGUAUGAAUCCUAAGUUCCUGCAUUCAGAAAAAAAUAUUACUUGCAGGCUCACUUAGCCUUUUGCAGAUAACAUUGAAACAACUGUAGGAAUUCUAAUCAAUCCCACUCGCUCCUUCAGAAUAUUUGGAUCAAUCCCAUUCACUCCUGCAGAAAGCCUGACUAAAAUCACCUUCUAACCACAAUUCAUUUAGCUUGUACCCAUCCAUGAUAUUUUCUAAUGAAUUGAGUUGGUCAAUUUUCCCAAAAUAUAUAUAAAAUACGAAUUUAAUUCACAGCGACACUGAGUAGGAUAAAUCAAAAUUGAUGGGUGAAUGGAUGGAUAAUGCCCAUUUUACACCAGACGUGUACCAUGUACUACCCUGCAUCCAAUACGCUCCCAAGCUAAUCAAUGUAUUCUUUGUUCCAUAAGCUUCGUAUGAGACUGCCCACAAGAGAGUAAAAAUGUCCCACUACUGCGACUUUUUUUGCUCCAGUGCACACCUCUGAAUGGAUGUGUAAAGACAGCAAGCAUAUUUGCUAAUUUCACGCUCUAUGUACAGUUUAUUUUAUUGUCUUGUUGUUUCCCACCCCCCUGAUUUCUUUCCAAAUUACUGUUUUGUUUCCCAAUGAAUCGUAGACUCUGCUAUGACACUGCUUUUUCCACAGGGAAGCGUUCACUCAGCUGUUUCGGUGCUGACAGUAUUUUUUCUAGCUGUACCCCUACCAGGACCUGUAAAGAUUACAGUGGGGAUAACAGAAGAACUAAAGAAAGGAUGCAAAUUUAUUAGGUGUAUAUGUAAAAUGUUAUCUCCCUGUUAGUUAAUCCUUAAUAAUAAUUAAUAAUACUCUUUGCUAAUGACAAAUCAAAAGUGUUUGAGUUAUAUGAAGUUCUUAAAUGUAUAUAAUGUGGUAAUUUACAUAGGAAGUCCCAAAAUAUAAUCCGACAAAUGCCUUUAAUGCCAUGGUGCCUUCUUAAAUAUUUUUCUGUAGACAUUAUUGAACCUAUUAAAGCCAUUUUAUGGCCUAUUAGCAGUUAGAAAUGCCUCACUUGAGAUCAGACUUUAUAUUGAGAGACUCUCUUAAAGCAUAAAAUGAUCAGAGAUCUGUUUAAAUAUAACAAAAGUAGAUAACGUUUUUUUGUUUGUUUGUUUGUUUGUUUGUUUUUGGUGAAAGAUCCUUUAGUCCAGAUGUCCCAGUGCACAGUUUUGUUUUGUUUAGUUUUUUUAGUUUUUCAGUGCUAUCCCGAUAGUAAUUAUCUGUAGAUCUUGUUGGCUCGGCACUGUAGUCCAGUGGUUGACAUCGUGCUGCACAGCUGAACUGGGCCCUAAACGUCAGCAGGAGCCAAUGCCCUCCUCCUCCUCGUGCUUUUAUUGCAGUGGGGCUACACUUCAGUGGCCUGUUUGGUCACACCCAUGUCUCAAACAGGAAUUGAGAUGCAGAGCAUUAUGAGGAAGUAACCUCCAUACAACCAUGCCUUGUUCUACAUUUGAAUCACACAUGACUAAAUGCACUAAUACUUUUGAAUUUUGGGUAUAAUAUAUCAUUUCUAAUAUUGUAAGACUGUUAUGAUCUACCUGUGCUAAGGUAUAAUUGAGAGCAUGGGCUUCAGGUGGAAUCACAAUUGAACAUGCAGGAUUAAUCUGCUUUUGUUAAUUUUGUUAACUUUGUCUCUCAGUAAGGACUUGAUGUCAUAUCACUUUUCUAGAACUGACAUUGAAAAGGGAAAUUAAAUGAUUUUGGGACCUACGGUCUAGACUGUUCCAGAGCUCUACCUUUAUAUGCAAUGAGAAAAAACGAAUCUCAAAAGGCAAGCAUUUUGUUAUUUAGAAAGUAGUUUGUAUUGUGAUUUUUACUUUUGAAUAACCACAGACCAGAUGAACUGCUGUACAAUGUCUGUCUAAUCAUUGCCUCUCGGUCCAUCUUUAUUGUACUAUGCCUGUGUAGACGUUUUGGCAGUAAUGCUGAGCUCCAGCUCUUCUGCAUUUGUGUGUCUCCUGAACAUCUACGGAUCAGCUGCCGGCACUUUAUUGUGUGUUCGCCCGACCGAGGUCAGGGUCAGCACAUGCAGGAUUGGCAGUGGAGUAAAGACCGGUGUUGUGACCAGUCUUCAUACAAGAGUAGCUGAACAUGCCUGAGAAUGCUUGCACUUGUUGGACCACAAGUCAGUGUGAUGAAGAUGGCUCCUGCUAUUGCGUGGACCGCUUGUCUGGCUUUAAACCUACACCAAAACCAGCACGUAAUCACAUGUUUGUAAUUAUGUGAGUUGCCUGGCUGCUUGAGCUGAAAUUCUUGCGUUACUCAUAAGUAUUUGGAGGUAUUCAGCAAGUGCAAAUGGCAAGGAAUUACAAGAGAAUUUUCUUUAUUUACCUAGUAUUAAUGUUUCUUUUUCUUGUUUCCUUCACCUGUCUGUCUCGUCAUUGAGAACUUUGAAAGGGCUCAAAGUGGAAUGUAAUCCAUCAUAUAAUUGUUAGAUACUAAUUUUCAGGAACAAAAAAAAAUAUAUGUAUUAAUUGUUUACAA